AUGGAGCUUCCCUCCAGUAAUGCUGGAAUGGAGCCUCCCUCCAGUAAUGCUGGAGUGGAGCCUCCCUCCAGUAAUGCUGGAGUGGAGCCUCCCUCCAGUAAUGCUGGAAUGGAGCCUCCCUCCAGUAAUGCUGGAGUGGAGCCUCCCUCCAGUAAUGCUGGAAUGGAGCCUCCCUCCAGUAAUGCUGGAGUGGAGCCUCCCUCCAGUAAUGCUGGAAUGGAGCCUCCCUCCAGUAAUGCUGGAAUGGAGCCUCCCUCCAGUAAUGCUGGAAUGGAGCCUCCCUCCAGUAAUGCUGGAAUGGAGCCUCCCUCCAGUAAUGCUGGAAUGGAGCCUCCCUCCAGUAAUGCUGGAAUGGAGCCUUCCUCCAGUAAUGCUGGAGUGGAGCCUCCCUCCAGUAAUGCUGGAAUGGAGCCUCCCUCCAGUAAUGCUGGAGUGGAGCCUCCCUCCAGUAAUGCUGGAGUGGAGCCUCCCUCCAGUAAUAAUGGAUACGUGCUUCAGACCCUAGUUGCUGAAGCACAGUAA